GCUCAAGUUACGCUGUGUCUGACAUACCCUAGGGUGUGGCUCAUGCCACAUAGGUGGUCAUGAACGACAGGGGCCCUGCUCAUCUCACUGUCAACCCUUAAGCCCCGUUGCUUCGUCAGUCAGUUAUUUUCACCAUGAUUACUAUUAAGGCCAUUGAGCCCGCGACGGUGCAUCGAAUUCAAUCAGGGCAGGUCAUUGUUGAUCUCUGCAGCGUGGUGAAGGAACUUGUAGAAAAUAGUCUUGAUGCCGGCGCCGCGAAUAUAGACGUACGAUUUAGAAACCAAGGAUUGGACGCCGUUGAGGUCCACGACAACGGAUCUGGUAUAUCACCAGAAAAUUAUGAGACUCUUGCUCUGAAGCACCACACGUCCAAGUUGGCGACAUUCUCGGAUAUCUCGACUCUUCGUACAUUUGGAUUCCGUGGCGAGGCUCUAUCGUCACUUUGCGCCCUAUCUCGCUUCUCUGUCGUCACGUGCCUCGCUGCGGAUGCACCUAAAGGAACUAGGCUAGAAUUUGAGUCGUCCGGGAAACUUGUGGGAGCAUCUGUUGUCGCUGCCCAGAAAGGGACCACGGUCUUCGUCAACGAUCUGUUCUACAACCUCCCCGUGCGUCGCCGGGAACUCGAGCGCAACAUCAAGCGUGAGUGGGGCAAGGUUCUUGUCCUCCUCAAUCAGUAUGCCUGCAUACAGACCAACCUCAACUUCACCGUCUCGCAGCAGCCCAGUAAAGGCAAGCGAGUCCUCCUCUUCUCUACAAAGGGAAAUAAAACGACGCGAGAGAACAUAAUAAACGUCUUUGGCGCCAAAGCCAUGGCUGUCCUUAUUGCCUUGGACGUGGACCUCGAACUCGAUUCCACCUCCGGACCAGGUCCGAGGUCUGGCCAGCAUGUCGCUGAGCAAAAAUCCACCACAGUUCGAGUUCGGGGAUUUGUCAGCCGCCCAGCUCAUGGCGAGGGCCGCCAGACACCCGACCGUCAGAUGUUUUACGUCAACGGAAGGCCGUGUCUAUUACCCCAGUUCUCAAGAGUAUUCAAUGAGGUCUAUAGGCUGUACAAUGCCUCUCAGUCACCCUUCAUCUUGGCCAAUAUCGAACUAGAUACCCACUUAUACGACGUCAACGUGAGCCCGGACAAGCGCACAAUUCUCCUUCAUGAUCAAGCUCGAAUGUUAGAGAGGCUCAGGGAUGCUCUCGCGUCUCUGUUUGAGUCAAAUGACUAUUUCAUUCCCACGUCCCAAACUGUCCCUUCGAAGCCCAUGUCAAGGACACGACAUGCUUCGCCAGCUGGAACGCGAGGAGAUGCUUUCUCACUUCGGCCCAGCGAAGUGGACUUGUCACCCCUAGAGCGUGAUGCCCUGCGCUCCGACCACAGAGACGAUGACAGUGAUUUGAACCAUGGCCUUGGGCCCCCUUCUGCCAAGCCCGCCGAUCCUCCUGGUGCGCAAUAUCGGGGUAUUGCGAGCCAGUGGACAUCGACUUCCAUGUCGAGCAACCAGGUUACCCCACCCAGUUGGCUCAGAAACGAUGGGAUUUUGAGGCCAGCUAGUCCCUCUGUGCGGACGACAGCCACACUCUCAGCGGUUAAUCCCUCCACCUCCCAGGGACAAGAAAUUAAACCACCAUCUCGAGCCAACGUGGCAGUUGGGAUGCCAUUGGGUUUGCUAGACAUCCAGGCUAGGGCUGAUUGUAACGAGAGUUCAGAUGCGGAAAUUUCAGGUACUCCAACUGAAACUGUAUCGGGGAACGAGGAAGAGGAGCCUCGUAUCAGCACACCAUGCACCACCAGUUCCAUGUCCAUCAGCUCGCAGCCCGCCAUUACAGGUAACAAGCUGACCGAUAUCGACCCCGGGCCCGUUGCGGCUUUUGAGAAGGCCACUAUCACCACCAGAAACCAAGCGCUGAAUACGAAUUCAAUGCUGGGAAGAACGGGACAGACGAAGAGAUCGAGAAACAGUCCAGAUAGUCACUCGGCCGAUGGCGAACAGCCACCAACUAGGCAAUACACGGGAAGCUCAGCGACUGAUGUAUUGGCGCACCGAGAGCCUAUUGACAACAAAGAGAACAGUGACGGUAAUGAACAGGCUGCUGCGCCCGGCCGGGUGCUAGAUGGGAGUUCAAUGCCACAUGUAGAUGACAGAGAUUUAGUGACUACCGACCAUAUUUCGAAAUACGACAGACCGAGUAAUGACCGUGGAAUCCAGUCUUACACCCAAUCUGGGGCCUGUUCUGGCCGGAGAGCCUAUAAUAAAAAAAUCGCGGAAGCACCUCCCUCGAAACUAGCACACUAUUCUGGCUUCACGCUAUCUGCUAAACGCAGAGGAGCCACUUUGCAACUUGUUCAGUCGAUGAACACCGAGGAAAACUCUAUUCUCGCCCAGAUCAAGGCCCGUGAUUCUCAUGCACGUCGUAUCUUCAAAUGCCACGGAUCUACGGUCACCAGGGGUGGAUUCGAAGCAGACGAUGCCGAGGAAACUCUCUCUUUGAUCAUUACAAAGACGGAUUUUGCUCGCAUGUCUGUUGUCGGUCAAUUCAAUCUCGGAUUCAUACUUGCCGUCAGACACGGUUCCAGACCCAGACAACCAGAAGCUGGAGAUGGCAAUCUGUUCAUCAUUGACCAGCAUGCUUCUGAUGAAAAGUAUAACUUCGAACGCCUGCAGUUGUCUACGACCGUCCAGCCACAGAACCUGGUCCAUCCCAGGCGCCUUGAGCUUACCGCUUUGGAGGAGGAGAUCGUCCGAGAAAACCUGCCAGCCCUGGAAGCCAAUGGCUUUAAGGUGCGCUUCGACGAGUCGGGCUCUCAGCCAGUUGGGUCGCGGUGCGAGCUUAUCGCCUUGCCACUGAGCCGCGAGACGACCUUCACCAUUGCAGAUCUAGAAGAGCUAGUAUCUCUGCUAAGCGACACUCGAUAUCCGGACUCUCGCUCGGCACCUCGGCCGUCCAAAGUGCGUAAGAUGUUUGCUAUGCGAGCUUGCCGGAGCAGCAUCAUGGUGGGGACAGCCUUGACAUACCGCCAAAUGACAAAACUGGUGCGUCACAUGGGAGAGUUGGAUAAACCAUGGAAUUGUCCCCAUGGCCGGCCGACGAUGCGGCACCUCUCCCGUCUCAGCGCCUGGGAUGGGAAGAACUGGAAUGAAGACUCCUGGGCUAGGGACCGAAAUGGAAGUGUAAUGAACUGGGCCCGGUACUCCUGUAUAGACGAAUAACAAAAAUCAGCACUUAGUGCUAAGUCGGACCACACCAAUCCGGCCCCCCCCUAGAAACGGCCCCCUAAACCACACCAAAAAAGGGGAUUUUAUACCCCUGUUAUUUCACUAACUAUAAAAGGUAACCGCAUAAAAUUAAUCUAUUACGUAGAUCGGUAUACGGGU